AAAGUUUCAACGGGAUACCGUCGACUUUGCCGUCGCCGGUCAUCUCUGUUAUCUUCAGUACUGAAUCAUAAAACCCUAUCUUCCCGAUCGUUUCGUUAGAGGUAAGCGAGCAGAAAGAUAGAGAGCUUAUCAAAAGCAAUGUCCACGUCAGUGACCAACAGCGAAUACCGGUAUCGUUCCCUCGUGACCGGAUGUCGAACACGCGUUCGAUCGAUCGCGCGAGACUUUCGGCUGUUCCCCUCGUCGAAUUUGGAUCAAUGAUCUAAAGACUAUGUGCGGGCCACCCGGCAUCGUGGCCGUCUUGCGCAUUGCGCCCAACACGGGACGUGGUAGCGCCGCACGGAAGGCUCGUGUAAAUCCUGCGCAAUGCCGGCUUCGCCGAUGUGCGUGCGUGCGGUACGACCACGGCGCCGACUCGUCGAGGAGGCAAGCAAUCUCCUCUUGGGGAUCGGGGUUUCCCCAACGAUCCUCCACGGCGAUCCGCCGCAAAGUUGGAAAUUCCGCGAAUUCCACGGUGGACGUGUGAAGCUUCUCAGACUCCUCUUUCCCAGAAAACUGAUUUCCCUUUCGACGAAAAAAAGCUCGGUCUCUCGUAGGGUUUCGACGGAAAUCUCAUCGACGUUCGGCUUAGCUGCAGAAAACUGCGCAGGGCCGCCGCCGGUGCAGUCUUCGCCUUGAGAGCUUCGAUUUGCCGACCGGCUAGUAGCACUCGAUUUUCCCUUGAACUCUCCAAUGAGUACCACGGACCCUACCGGGGAGGGCGGAGGAGGAGGAGGGGGUGGAGGAGGAGAGGGAGGAGGGGAGGGAGCCACGACGACAAAUGUCGAGCAGACUGCAUCCCCGAGCACGCCGAUCACCGGCACCGCCGUGCCGGUGCAGGCGACCGCUCAGCAGCAACAGCCACCGCAGCAACAUCCACCGCCGUCGCCCCUCAGCGGCUGUUACCUUCUCGUGGUGCUUCCUGAGCCUCAUACCGCACAACACAAGGACCUCAUUCUGAAUCGCCUCGCGAAGGGUUUUCUAUCAUGGGACAAGGACAGUUGUCACGUAGAUCUGGAGAAAGAAUUAUUGGCCUUAGUAGCGCAAGCUCCCGAAGGGGAGGAAGCUAGAAAUGGCGAAAGAUUGAUCCAAUAUGCCACCGAGAACCUCGUAACGGAAGUUCUCAUUCACCCACAGACGAAUACGUUAUUACAGUGUAUUCGCAAUCUCCUUGCAAGUUUUACGAAACAUCGGCACAUCAUACACGCUGGAUACACAUUCGGUGGCAAUGGUUCCUGGAUACUGCAGGAUGGAACUUUUAGCCUCGCGGAUUUUCUGGAUGCAUUCAGUGAACAUGAAGUGCAAAGAGUCCUUCGUGCCUACGAGAAUAGUGUUACCGUAGAUAUUCAUUGCGCGGGUGUUGGCGAUUGGACGACAAGUCGAUUAUCGAAGGAAGCUUGUUGCAGAUAUUGCAGAGUCAGAGUGAACCCCGACGAUGUUCUCACAGCCGGCGUACCGGCUAUCACAAGUUUUACGAAUUACAUCGGACAGUACCUUGUGCCGCAAACACUGGACCAGCUUAUGGAACCGUCCGACGUCGUUGGAAACAUUAGAUUUAGCCAUCCGACCUUAUACGUCUUCCCCGGUGGGCAAGGUGACGCCGCACUUUUCGGUAUAAAUGGCUUCAAUAUGCUCGUCGACGGCGGCUUUGCCAGGAAAGCAUGUUUCUGGGACUUUACCAGGCAUCUCGACCGAUUGGAUGCUGUUCUAGUCACUAGGAUAAAUAAUAGUAAUAUUGGCGGCAUGUUUAGCGUUCUUCGUAAGAAGAAGGAGAUGCACGUUUACCCUCAAAUCGGCCAUUUCUUCUGUAACUUAGUCGAAAGAAGACAAUCAAAUUCACCUGACGGCGAUAAGGACAUAGAUCCGCUUGUUCUCAACCUCACUGACAUUGGUCAAGAGAUGGUAGUGAAUCUGCGACACAUUAAUCUUCGUGCUCAUCCUUGCUACAGAGAUCCCAAUCCGAUCAAUCUCUAUCACAAGGUAGGCCACGGCACUCUGGACAUGUACGUGCUCAGUCCGAGCAAAGAUAGUCGCGAGGUGCGCGAGUUCCUGGCAAAGUGGCACGCAUCGGACUCAAAGAUGUUCGCAGGUUCUCACAAGAAGGAUUCAAACAAUCUCACAUUCCCGAUCCAGAAUCUUGUGUCGAUAUGCGCGCUUCUGGUUUGGCAGCCGGCCAAUCCCGAGGACAAUAUUACUCGAAUUCUUUUUCCUGGCAGCACGCCGCAGCAUAAGAUUUUUGCAGGUUUCGAAAGAUUGAAGCAUCUAGACUUUUUAAAACAUCCGGUAUGUUCAGCAAAGUCACUGUCACCGUCAGUAUCUCUAGCGACACUCAGAGAUAAACCGGCCAAACAGAAACUCAGUCUUAUCGAGAAGGAACCCAAGAAAAUUUUGGAGUCAAAGAGAGAAAAAAGGGAACCGUCGGAACCCAAGUCCAUCAAGACCGCGGAGGAGAGUGCCCCCAAGAGUACUCCUCAACCGACGCCGAUUAUACCCACGAGUAAACCUAAAACUGAGAUAAAAACGAAAAAAGUUGUAGAGAACAAGAAAAUCGAGACUGAAGCGAAGGAGAGUAAGAAAAUUGAAAAGGAACUAAAAGAAGUGAAAAAAGAGCCGAAGAAAGAACCAGUUAAAGCGGAGAAACGAGAAGAUGAUGUGAAAAAGACUGAUUUAAUCAAACCAGAGCCCGAGAAGACGAAGGAAUUGAAGGAAUCUAAGGAAUCAAAACCUAAGCCCGAGUCGAAAAAGAAAGAACCGAAAGAAAGCAAGGUAAAAGUCGAAUUGAAGAAGAGCGAAGUAACCCCGAAACCGAAGUUAAGCGAGAAAAGAGUUAAACCUUCAGGCUCGGAGAAAAGAGACUCCGUGAAAUCCUCCCCUACUACCCCGAAGAAAACUUUGAACGGCGCUGCAACAAAGACGGAAAUAUCAAAGGCUGUGCUUAAACCGAAACCAGCGGCUAAGAUCGCUCCAAGUCUUCCGGCUAAGAGUGCCAAAGAAGCUAAUAACAGGAAAGUGGUGGAACAGAAAAAAUCUGAAGUUGAGAAAUCUACCGUGAAAGAUACCGCAGCGCCUGUCACCAAGGCAUCCGCGAAACCUAAGCCGAUAGACAGGAAACCGAUCAGUCGUCGUGCAAAACCGGUCAGUCCCAAUAAAAUACGUACGUCGAGUAGUCCGGCAAAAUCUACUCGUAGUACUCCAACCGCCUCUGUAAAAUCAGACAAAGAUGGCGUUAUUCGCAAAGUGAAGGGCGACAAAGGCACCACCGAUUCGUCCACUGUCUCCACUCCGUCUGGCAUUGAACCAGAAGCUAUAAAACCGAUCGAUAAGAGCUUAGUCGAACAAUCUGAAGAUAUAUCACUAGAUUCUAUAGAAAGCAAAGUGCUGGCAGAUCUCAAAGAAGAGCGAGAAGUAGUCGAAGAAAUAGAGGCAGUUUUACAGAAAGCGGAAAGAGUUGUUGAGACUCAAAAGGAAGAACGUUUCGAGGGUGAUGAUGAGAUCACGGCUGAGGCUACUGAUAAGAAGGAGGAGGAUGUCACGGAGGAAGAUGUCACUGCCGAAAUUGAGGACGUCCCUAAGAAGGAAAGUUCUAGAAAGGAGAGUCAGGAAUUGACUGAAGAGGAUGAAUACCUUAUUGUGGAGAAGGAAGAAGUUUAUACUGAGGAUUCCGCUCAGAGUGGUGAGGGCGAACAAAAACACGUUCUCGACGAAGCUCAGUCGGAAAAGGCGAAGGUAUUAAAAGAUGUAGAGGCAAUGAAAGAAAAGGGCGAGAAGGAAGAACCUGAAGAGAAAGGGAAAGAUGACAGUCCGGAAAAGAAAGUAGAGAAAACUGAAGAUAAAGGGAAGAAAGAAAUUGUUGAGUUAUCUUCGGAACACAAGGAACAGUUACAGGAAGAAGUAAAGGAGAUAAUAGCUUCUGCAGCCGAAAUCGUACAGAAAACUGAAGAGAAGGACGACUCCGGUAAGAAAGAUAGUGAAGAUCUGACGAAGGAGCCAUCUAGCCUAAGUCCGGACAAAUUGGAUUCAUCAGAGAAAAAGACAACCGAUACAGACGUUAAACCGGACGCCGAUCAAAAGGAGAAUAUUCUCGAAAAAAUGGAAGAGUCCCAAGAGCGAAUUUCGACGAUAGAAUCGGGGGCCACUACAACCGCCCCGACUUUGCCUGAAGACGAGCGAAUACCAUUGGAUGAAAUCAAAGAAGAUAUUGAUGAAAAACAUGUUAUUGAAGAGGUAAAGGAGAAAGAUGUUUCUAUGAAGAAGGAAGAAAGUUUUGUUCCGGAAACUGUUCCCGAGACUGUUAAACCAGAAGUUAAAGUAUUCGAUGUUCGCCAAGUAAUGCAGAAUUUGCAAAGAGAUAUCGUUAAAACACCCGAUGAAGUCGCCGAUCUUCCGGUUCAUGAAGAAGUGGAUCCAAAGCUCUACAAGAUGGAAGAUUUCGAGAAGGGAAAAGAGGAGAAACCAUCGCCGACUGCGCCGGAAGGUAAAGAAUCGCCCACUUCAAAAGAACAGAAGGGCGUCUUCAGUUUCUUUGGCAAGGUAGCAGAUAAGUUUGAAAAAGGUAUUGAUAAAUUGACUAAGAAGACAAAGAAAGAUUCUGAGAAAGAUUCCGACGAAAAAUCUUCCUCAAAAUCGAGUUCUCCGAAAGAACCGAAAGAGCCAGUAAAAAUGCUCUUGGAAGAAGUUGAUGUGGAAAAAAUGUUUCCCAAAAUCGGCAAAUCCGUUGACAAACCCGAAACGUUUGAAGAAAUAAAACCUACAAUUGCUGAUGUGAAAGUAGCUACCAUCAAGGAAACUGCAGCGUUUAUACAGGAGGAGAUAGUGGACGCGCAGAGGCAAAGUGUACCGGAUAUCGAAGAAAAGAUUUCAACUGAUAAGUUAGAUGAAGUUAAGAAGGUAGAGGCUCAAACCGAAGAAUUGUUCCUCGCGAAGGACGUAUUGCCAGCCGCCGAUUUGUCGACGAAACCAACUGAAGACAAGGACAUUGCGAAAGAGAUUGAACUUCUAAAAGAAGAAGAUAUCGGAGAAGAUGUAGAAGAGGUAAAGGCACUUUUGGAGGAGGCUUCGAAAAAAUUUAAAACUGUGAAAGAUAGUUUAAGAGAUUCAUUAGAAUCUUUGGAGGAUAAAAUUAAGGAAGAGAUAGUUGACGUACAUGAAAUACCAUCCAUGUUGAAGGAUGCAGUAGAGGAUACCUUGGCAGGAGUAGCCGAGAAAUUGGAAGAGAUGAAGCCACAUAUCGAUAGCCAUUUGACCGACAUAAAAGAACCAGAGAAAGUCAAAUUUGAUAUACCAAAGGAUGAAGAAUUUGAAGAGGAAUACGAAGAGGAGAUAGAGGGGCCAUACAAAGACAUGAAAGAAGCUGUCAAGGAUAUCGGAGAAGUCCUUGCCGGCAGUGCCGGCAUUGAACUCGAAGAAAAACCCAAAGAUGUCAUAGAAAUAGUGAAGAAAGUCGCCGAAGUUCUCAGAGAAGAUGAUUUUUUUUCUGACAAAACGUUAUUUGAUCAAGACUCUAAGAAAGGAGAGAUCUCACCGAUUUCGACGGAUAGAAAACCGUCGAAAGAAGAAAUUUCCCCAAAGAUGCAAGAGGAUGUUGUGAUACCGGAUAAAGUUGAUAUUGCCGAAAUUGCAAUGCCUGGCUUUAGUUCAAAGGGACUUGAGGAACCUGUCGAGAAGCUCAGCAGCCUCCCGCUCGAAAAACCUGGCGCUCUCGAGAUAAAAGAAGAACCUUGUGUAAAAAUAGUGAAAGAAAAAGACGAUAUAAUGUCGCCUGUGAAGGACGUAAUAAAGGAUAUGCGGGAUGCCCAAAAGAUUUGUGCGGAAAUGUUAAAAGAGGAUCAACAUAUUUGUGAUCAACAUAAGAAACCAGAACACGAUGAUACGUGUCGGGUAGAUGUGAUGAAAGCUGGUAUCGAGUGUGUAUGCGUGAAAAAGGAAGUGAAACGAGCAUCUUCCGAGGAGAAGCUGGACGAGGAGGUAGAGGAAUCCGUGAUCGGUUUCGAACAAAAGAUUUCACCGGCAAAGGCGGAGAUAGUGAUGGUGACUCCUGGUUCUACGCCGACCUCACCGAAAUUUGUUACGGACAAGAUGUACGAAGGAUUGGAAAUUGGCCUUCAGAAACCUUCCAAGUUGCCGGAGGAUAUCAAGCAAGUUCUCGACAGGGAAGCACCCGUUGAAGAAGUAAUUGAGGAAUUUAUUAUCACGAAAAAGAAGAAAGUCACUGUCGAAGUGAUCGAAUAUAUCACUGUAGUGAAGCGCAUUCCGAGGGAACGCGUAAUUUAUAUUAUCGAAGAGAUUAUUAUAAAGAAGGGACUUCCAAAAGAGAGCGUGGUAGACGAUCCCGAGAUUUUAAAGUUGAAGGAAUCUAUUACGCCUGAGAAAAGAUUGGAGAUCGAGGAAUAUAUCACUAAUGAAUAUAUUGUUAAAGGAAAGCGAAUUACUAUAGAAGUCAUUGAGGAAAUCUCAAUUAAGAAAAUUGUGCCUAAGAAAAUUCUCAUUGAAAUUAUUGAAGAAAUCAUUGUGAAGAGAAAAAUCGCCAGGCAUAUGAUACUAGAUGUUCCUGAAGAUGUAUUAUUGGAAACAGUUAAAGAAGAAUUGCCAGAAGAAUCGUUAGAACAAUCGGCAGAGGAGCAGAUAACACCAAAAAUAGAUAUAACUGCGAAACGAGAAUCAGUUGCUAAAGUUUCUGCUGCUCCAACUGGAGAGAAAGAAGAAUCAAUUACUGAGGCGUCUGGUAUGGAAAUUCCAGAAACGGAAGAAUUGAUAACUUCGCAAAAAAGAGCAGAAGUUGAAGAAUAUAUUAUUAACGAAUACGUUACCAAGGGGGAUAACAUUAACAUUAAAAAACUUGAAGAAAUCUGUGGUAAAAAGAAGGUGCCUAAGAGAACCAUUAUUGAGAUUAUCGAAGAAAUUAUCAUUAAGAGAAAAAUACCGAGGCAUGCAGUGCUUGCUGUAACCGAAGAAGAAUUAUCACGUAUUAUCGAGGAAGAAGCGAUUCCAGAAUCGCAAACAUUAGUUGAGAAAAAAGAAUCGGUUUCUGAAGAGAAAAAAACUCUAAUUAAGUUGGAAGAAGACAAAAAAGAGGAUGUGCUCAAGCGAGAAAUGAGUAGUGACGAGGAGUUAUCGCCCAUGUCUGAAGAGGAGGACGUUGAGAAGGAAGUAGAUGGAUUUGUCAGUGUACCUAGAAGGAUUUCCGAUACGGCUGACGCUAAGAAGAAAGCAAUCCCAGACGUUUCGCCUACGGUUGCGAAGGAGCACGAAAAAGAUGUGAUUGAUGACUUCGAAGCAGUCGAGCAAGAAUAUAAAGUACGUGAUGUACCAAUUACGUCUCCCGAGAAAGCCGAUGAAAUGAAAGAGAAAGAAGACGUUGAAGAAGCUCUAGAAGAUACCACGAGUGAAGUGAUCGAAGCGGACGAGAAGUUCGUGCAAGAAACUAAAGGAAAGGUGGGAAAAGAAGAGCUUCCAAAGGAUAUUAAACCAGCUGAUAAGAAAGGACGGGAAGAGUCCGAGAUAUCGGAAAUUGUCGAUACUACUGAGAAAUAUUUGGACGAGGCUAAAGAAAAGACGGAUGACAUUCUUUUGAAAGACACUACUGCGAAAUUGAUGCCAUCAGUCUCUGACAAAGCAGAGAAAACUUUCAUCGACGAAUUAAGUAAGGAAAUAUUUAAAGAAAAAGCCGAGGAGCCGCAAUUUGAAACAAAAGACGAUAAAGCAAAACCAACAAGUCCAAUUAAAGAUGAAAUAUUAAAAGAUAUUGUACAUUCUAUUGAACAAGUUCCUGAAAAAAUUACUGAAGAUGUGAAGCCAGAAACAAAACUCACAGAUGCGACAGGCUUUGCACAAGAGCCGAAAGUAGAACUACUUGAAGACGAUAAGAAAUCUAAACUAUCAGAGACCAUGGAAAGUAAAGAAACUCUAGUAAUUGAAGAAGAGAAGAGCCCUCAAAUUGACGAUGGCAUUGUCAAAAGAAUGCUGGUUACAGCAUGUAGCGAGGAUGGCAGAGAAGUAAUUGAGAUUUGUCCAACUGGCAGUAUAACUUUUACAAAGACUGUCACUCCGGACGAUUCUCUUAAGGAUAUAUCUGCUAAAUCCACACCAGAUAAAGAUUCUUUAAUUUUAGAUAAGGACUCGCACUCGGGCGUGAGUACUCCUGAGAAGGAUAGCAUUUCCGAAAAAUCUGCACCAAAAGGUAAGGAUAAGAUUUCUCCGGACGAUAGCUUGGAAAAAUCACCCGCUGGUCCUCGUGAUUCGCAGGAUCUUGAAGACAGUUUGGAAAAAUCGGAAUCGCGUAAGCCACCAGAACAAUUGGAAGAUAUUACAAAGCCGAAAUCUCCUGCUAAGGAUACAGGAGAAAUUGAAGAAAAAAUCGAGAAAUCAAGAACUCCCUCACCGCUCGAAAUAAAACACGAAGAUGUACAAAAACCAGAAUCACCUCUUGAUAUGAAGAAAUCUCCGAUAGAAUCAGCCGAAAAACCAAAACUUCCAAUCGAGAAGGUGCUUCCAGAAUCAAAGAAAGAAGGAACGAUUGGUUUUCCGAAGACACCCGAAUCUCUCCAUUCAGAGGAUGUCUCACCAGCUGAAACAAUUUUCUCAAAAUCACCAACAGACAAAUCUGAAAUGUAUUUUGCGAAAGCACCUAUUACCGAAGAAGACGUCGAAAAAUCGAAGCAGGAUAUUAUAUCUCUCGAUAAGUCCUCUAGUGUUUUAAGUGGUAAAAUUGAUGAGAAGGAAACUGAUAAGCCACAAUCGCCUAGUAUCAUCGAAAAAGAAACGAUAAGUGAGAAGUUGCCUAUUUUUGAAAGUGAACAUGACGAUGAAAAGGGACCAAUUGACGAAGCUAGAUCUCCAAGUGCAAUCAGCGAUAAAUCUGAUGAGAGAAAGGAGGCCGAACGUUCGAAGUCACCGAGCAUAGUUGCGGAUAAGCCGGAUCUUCAAGAUGUGAUGGAGCGUUAUUUAGAGAAACCAAAAUCCCCUAUUUUUGAUAGGCCAGAUUCGCCUAAAGCUAUUGAUAAGACUGAAGAACAUGAUAAAGAUAGAUCUCCCAGUAUAGCUAGUGAUAAAUCAGAUAGCAAGAAAGUAAGUGACCGUUCUAGAUCACCAAGCAUUUCUGUAGAAAAAAUAGAUUUCAAAGAUACAGACUUAUCAAUCGAGAGAACCCGAUCGCCUAGCGUUAAGGACGACAAACUGGAACAGUUUCCAGUAGCAAAAUCAAUCGAUGACAAAACCGAAAUAUCAAAGGACGCGUUAAAAUCUCCAAAGCUUGAACAUAAAUCAGAUUUAAAAGAUAUAAUGCAACUUCCAGACAAAUCACGAUCAUCGAGUGUGACGAGCGAACCUAAAGAACCAGAUCGUUCAAAGUCACCGAGUAUCGCUGGCGAAAAACCGGAUAUGAAGGAUGUGUUGGAAACAUCGAGGGAGAAGUCGAGAUCUCCGAGUGUCUCCAGCGUAACAAGCGAACACAAAGAACCAAUUGAUCGUUCCAAGUCUCCGAGCAUUGCAGGAGAAAAAAUAGAUCUGAAAGACGUUGCGGAACCCACAGAUCGCUCAAAAUCGCCAAGUGUAACGGGAGAAAAACCAGAUAUGAAAGAAGUCACUGCAGACAAAUCAAGAUCUUCUAGCAUUACAGGAGAACAGAAGGAAUUGCCUGAUCGUUCCAAGUCUCCGAGUAUUGUUGGAGAAAAAAUAGAUUUAAAGGAUGUUGCGGAGCCCACAGAUCGCUCAAAAUCGCCAAGUGUAAUGGAAGAAAAACCAGACUUGAAAGAAGUCACUGCAGACAAAUCAAGAUCUAGCAUUACAGGAGAACAAAAGGAAUUGCCUGAUCGUUCCAAGUCUCCGAGUAUUGUUGGAGAAAAAAUAGAUUUGAAAGACGUUGCGGAGCCCACAGAUCGCUCAAAAUCGCCAAGUGUAAUGGAAGAAGAACCAGAUUUGAAAGAAGUCACUGCAGACAAAUCAAAAUCUUCUAGCGUUACAGGAGAACAGAAGGAAUUGCCUGAUCGUUCCAAGUCUCCGAGUAUUGUUGGAGAAAAAAUAGAUUUGAAAGACGUUGCGGAGCCCAUAGAUCGCACAAAAUCGCCAAGUGUAAUGGAAGAAAAACCAGACUUGAAAGAAGUCACUGCAGACAAAUCAAGAUCUUCUAGCAUUACAGAAGAACAGAAGGAAUUGCCUGAUCGUUCCAAGUCUCCGAGCAUUGCAGGAGAAAAAAUAGAUCUGAAAGACGUUGCGGAACCCACAGAUCGCUCAAAAUCGCCAAGUGUAAUGGAAGAAAAACCAGACUUGAAAGAAGUCACUGCAGACAAAUCAAGAUCUAGCAUUACAGGAGAACAGAAGGAAUUGCCUGAUCGUUCCAAGUCACCGAGUGUUGUUGGAGAAAAAAUAGAUUUGAAAGACGUUGCGGAGCCCACAGAUCGCUCAAAAUCGCCAAGUGUAAUGGAAGAAAAACCAGACUUGAAAGAAGUCACUGCAGACAAAUCAAGAUCUAGCAUUACAGGAGAACAGAAGGAAUUGCCUGAUCGUUCCAAGUCACCGAGUGUUGUUGGAGAAAAAAUAGAUUUGAAAGACGUUGCGGAGCCCACAGAUCGCUCAAAAUCGCCAAGUAUAAUGGAAGAAGAACCAGACUUGAAAGAAGUCACUGCAGACAAAUCAAGAUCUUCUAGCAUUACAGAAGAACAAAAGGAAUUGCCUGAUCGUUCCAAGUCUCCGAGUAUUGCAGGAGAAAAAAUAGAUUUGAAAGACGUUGCGGAACCCACAGAUCGUUCAAAAUCGCCAAGUGUAAUGGAAGAAAAACCAGACUUGAAAGAAGUCACUGCAGACAAAUCAAGAUCUAGCAUUACAGGAGAACAGAAGGAAUUGCCUGAUCGUUCCAAGUCACCGAGUGUUGUUGGAGAAAAAAUAGAUUUGAAAGACGUUGCGGAGCCCAUAGAUCGCUCAAAAUCACCAAGUGUAAUGGAAGAAAAACCAGACUUGAAAGAAGUCACUGCAGACAAAUCAAAAUCUUCUAGCAUUACAGAAGAACAGAAGGAAUUGCCUGAUCGUUCCAAGUCUCCGAGCAUUGCAGGAGAAAAAAUAGAUCUGAAAGACGUUGCGGAACCCACAGAUCGCUCAAAAUCGUCAAGUGUAAUGGAAGAAAAACCAGACUUGAAAGAAGUCACUGCAGACAAAUCAAGAUCUAGCAUUACAGGAGAACAGAAGGAAUUGCCUGAUCGUUCCAAGUCUCCGAGCAUUGCAGGAGAAAAAAUAGAUUUGAAAGACGUUGCGGAGCCCACAGAUCGCUCAAAAUCACCAGGUGUAAUGGAAGAAAAACCAGACUUGAAAGAAGUCACUGCAGACAAAUCAAAAUCUUCUAGCAUUACAGGAGAACAGAAGGAAUUGCCUGAUCGUUCCAAGUCUCCGAGUAUUGUUGAAGAAAAAAUAGAUUUGAAAGACGUUGCGGAGCCCACAGAUCGUUCAAAAUCGCCAAGUGUAAUGGAAAAAAAACCAGACUUGAAAGAAGUCACUGCAGACAAAUCAAGAUCUUCUAGCAUUACAGAAGAACAGAAGGAAUUGCCUGAUCAUUCCAAGUCUCCGAGUAUUGUUGGAGAAAAAAUAGAUUUGAAAGACGUUGCGGAGCCCACAGAUCGCUCAAAAUCGCCAAGUGUAACUGGAGAAAAAUCAGACUUGAAAGAAAUUACUGCAGACAAAUCAAGAUCUUCUAGCAUUACAGGAGAACAGAAAGAAUUGCCUGAUCGUUCUAAGUCUCCAAGUAUUGUUGGAGAAAAAAUAGAUUUGAAAGACGUUGCGGAACCCACAGAUCGCUCAAAAUCGCCAAGUGUAACGGGAGAAAAACCAGACUUGAAAGAAGUCACUGCAGACAAAUCAAGAUCUUCUAGCAUUAUAGGAGAACAGAAGGAAUUGCCUGAUCGUUCCAAGUCUCCGAGUAUUGUUGGAGAAAAAAUAGAUUUGAAAGACGUUGCGGAGCCCACAGAUCGCUCAAAAUCGCCAAGUGUAAUGGAAGAAAAACCAGACUUGAAAGAAGUCACUGCAGACAAAUCAAGAUCUUCUAGCAUUAUAGGAGAACAAAAGGAAUUGCCUGAUCGUUCCAAGUCACCGAGUGUUGUUGGAGAAAAAAUAGAUUUAAAAGACGUUGCGGAACCCACAGAUCGCUCAAAAUCGCCAAGUGUAACGGGAGAAAAACCAGACUUGAAAGAAGUUACUGCAGACAAAUUUAGAUCUUCUAGCAUUACAGGAGAACAGAAGGAAUUGUCUGAUCAUUCCAAGUCUCCGAGUAUUGUUGGAGAGAAACCAGAUAUGAAGGAUGUUACGGAGCAACCUGAUGAAAAAUUAAAGUCACCCACUGUGAUGAGUGCUAUGAGUGAUCUGCAGGGAUUCGAAGAUCGAUCAAAAUCGCCGAGCAGUACUGAUCUAACAGACAUUACAGAACGAUCGUCAUUGGAAAAAUCUAAAUCACCUAGUAUUGCAAGUAUCACGUCUGAUCAGAAGGAACCAGUGGAUAAAGCAAAAUCGCCUACACUCUUGGAUAAAAAAGAAGAACCUGACAGGAGCAAAUCUCCAAGCAUGGCAAGUGAAAAGUCUGACGGAAAGAAAUCUGCUGAUGGUUCGAGAGCAACCAGUGUUACGGAGGAAAAACCAGAUCUUAAAGACGUGAUAGAACCACCAGCCGACAAAUCUAGAUCAUCAAGUGUUGCGAGUGAGAAAGCGGAUUUAUUUGGAAAAUCGACAUCGCCUACUGUUUCUGACAAAUUAGAACCACCUGUUGAUCGAAGCAAAUCUCCCAGUAGUACUGACGAUAAAUCUCCGAGUCUGGACGAUAUGAAAAUAACACACGAUAAACCGAUAUCCUCAAGUAUUGUUUUAGAUAAGCCGGACGAUAAACAACCAAUAGAAAAAAUAGAUAUUGAGGGUAAGCUGUUAGAAAAGCAAUUGCCUCAAGAGGAAAAGUAUGCUUUUGUCUCGCAUUUUGACAUAGAAAAACCCCUUGACGAGAAAGACGAAUGUAAAGAAGAUAGCAAGAGUCCUAUAAGUUCUUCCGAGACAAUUGAGAAAAAAAUGCAGAAGAUUCGUGAAAAACGAUUUGCUGAUUUUAAAGAGCCAGACAUUGGACAGUCGAGUAAGAUAGAAAAAUCAGAUGACGAAGACGAAGACAUCGUUAAAGUGACAGUUGAAAAGAAGGCGGAGAUUGAGAAGUAUAUUUUAAAUGAAUUCAUCACGAAGAAAAGAAAGAUCAGCCUGACAGUGAUCGAAAGAUUGGUUAUGAUGUAUUCAGUGCCGCAAUUUAUAGUGAUGGAGAUAAUAGAAGAUAUCAUCAGCCGCCAAAAUAUGCCCAAGGGUGCUGUCUUCGAUUUCGUAGACGACGAAGUCUCGUUUAAACCUCAAUCUGAAAAAGGACCAGAAGCGAAACUGCUGACAUCGCAAGAAAGAGCGGAGGAUUUCGGAAGAAUUGGUAUUACUCCGGAGUACAUUCAGGGUCAUGAAAAGCCAGGCGACACUAUGAGGGGCGAAAGCCCAGAUGGCAAAAUAUCUCCCGUAGGGAGUGAUCGAUAUGGCAGGGACUUAAAAGCGGCGCUUUCUGUCAGUCCCAGUUUGAGUCCGGAGCUUAUUCCAUCCGAUAAAUCGACCCAGGAUAGUCCAGCUCGAUCGGAGCCGCAUAUAGACGAGGAGAUCUUAAUAUCGGAACAGAAGCGUAUGGAAAUCGAGAAACUUUUAGAAGAGGAAUACAUAAAAAAAGGAAAAAAAAUUACGGAGGUAAUACUCGAAGAGAUAAUCGUCAAGACUUCUCUACCCAGAUACAUUAUCUUAGAGAUUGUGGAGGAGAUCGUACUGAAGAAGAAGAUUCCGAGAGAAUCUGUGAUCGAUGUUGAAAUUUAUCAUGAGGAAGAACCAGAAGAGGAUUACGAUAAGGCGAUGUAUCGUUAUGAAGCAGCAGCGGAUGUAGAUUACGAGUUGCCGCACGAUGCUAGGAAAUCUUCGGUUGAAUACAGAAUGGGGAUGUAUCCGGAAUCAAGUGAGCGACAGAUGGACAAAUCUGAUUAUCCGACAGAAUACGAGAGCCAGUUCCAUAAAGCUUUCGUCGGCGGUAUGACGGAGAUGAGGACGACACAUAUAACUACGCUGUCAGGAAAAUCGACUCCGGAAUUUACACAUGAUGCGAAGGCUAUGCAACCCACGCAAACUGUCACGAUAUUGAGAGAAAGUAAGAUCGCGGAAACUAUUGAUAAAGACGAAUUUGAUAAAACUGCGGGGAUUUCGGCAACAGUUUCCGAUGAUCAUGCAGUCGAACCACAAGAAAUAGCUAAAGAAGUUAAACGGCCGAGUAUUCAGCAAGAUGAGCCAGAGGCAAUUACCAAGCGAGAGAUUGUGGAACACGACGAACCAGAAGUGAUCACUAAAGUCAUUACACGCGAAAUUAUUGAACAAGACAAGCCUGAAAUUAUCACAAAAGUGAUCAGACGUGAGAUUAUCGUACCGGAUGAAGAGACAGGCGACUCGAAGGAAGAUUCCGGUGAAUGUACGAAGACAAUUACAACAAGAACAACGCGAACAAUCGUGACAGAGGAAUUGCCAGAAGCUGAAUUAGCGCAAACCGAUCCUUCGAAAAUUUACACAGAUCUUACCUCAAGUACAAGCUACAGAACUGUGAGUGACAAAGAUGCGCCUGAUACGACUAGCGUUGACGUGAAGCAAAUCGUGACAACGGUAACUACUGUCACUGGUCCGGAUAGCAAAGUUACCACGCAGAAAGACGUCAAGGAGAGCGUGGAUACCUUGGCCAGCAAGGAAUUAUUGGAAAAAUUGACGGAAACUGCUAGUCCUGCGGAACAAAUUAUCAAGGAAACUAUCACAACCGUGACAUCGGGCAUUACAACACCGGACGUAAAAGCUUUCUACGAUUCCGGUAAAUCGACACCCGAUCUUAAAGAAGAGACUAAACUCGAGUCCACAGAAAAAGAAUGCUUAGACGCAGACAAGUUUGAACAUCCAGUGUCUCCUUUGAUACGAGAUCUUAUAUCUGAAGACAAGAGUUAUUCGGGCAAGUCCUCACCAGAUAUAUCGUUGCCUAAAGACAUUGUCUUCAGCGGCAAGUCUACGCCGGAGAUUCCUAUGUCACCUUUGAUUAGAGAUGGUGCCGUGGUUCAACCUCACGUAUCGGGUAGAUCAACGCCUGACAAGAGAUCCGAAGGUCGAUCAUCGACGAGUACACCGGAAGGAUUUAGAUCAGUCGAGAUGCUUCGAACUAUCGUGACAACCACGAAGACGGUAUCUGACGAAGGUGAAAUAGUGACGACUACCAGGGAGGUCACGGAGACGACAAAUGAGAAGGGCGAGACGGUUGUGUUGACGGAGAAGACUGACGUGAAGGUGGACGAACGUCUGCCAAGCAAAAACGCCGCAGAGAGUGCAAUAAGCAGCAUCAUUGGUAGCAUUAAAUCCUCGGAAUUGCAACGUACUGGCAGUCCAGGGCCUGAUGAUAUAAUUAGCGAAAAGGAUCCGGUCGAUCCAUCAAGUGAGCACAGCAGUGUGCAUAGCAAAACCACAACACAGCUAUGGGGUAGCAGCGAGGAGCGACAUUAUUCUGACGAUGAGCCACCCAGUUCACCUUUUUCUUUGACCUCGCAAGUCGAAUAUUCACCUCAAGCGACACGUCAUUACGAGUCAGCUUCCGACACGCAAGAGGAAGAGAAGGUUGAAUUUUCAGCAGUCGCGAUGAGUAGCAGCUUCUAUGGCGAGCUACCAGCAGUACCGCCCCAGAUCUCUGCUAUGAAAACUUUCCACGGUGAGACUGGUAUGCAGAAAGAUAGUGAUCCUGUUCACAGCCGAUUUACAGUAGAAAAGGAGCCUGUCGGCGAAUAUGGUGAGAAAUCAGACGCGAAGAGAUAUGUCGACGAGGCCGACCUCGAUUUUGAGAAGGCUUUGAUGGAUCGCAAGGACAUGAAGGAGGCCGGAGGGGCUUUCAGCAGCGGCAUAUCGCCCAUAUAUACGAAUGGUAGUCUUCGACAUGAAGCGACCGACGAAAAAGAUCACCCGUCGUCUUCAUUCCAGGACGACACUAAGGAUGAUUCAAAGAAAGAUCCUUUAGAGGGAUGGGGAACUCCUCUCGGUUUGCCAUCUCCUAAACCACCUAGGAAAUUUAAUCUGAAGAACUCUGCUCAAUCUCCAUCGUGCUCAAGUGAGACGACUUCCGAUACUCUAAAUUUCGACGUUAUAAAAAAUUGGGGAGAACCUCUUAGGCUGCCCUCGCCCGCACCCGUGACCAACGAAGUAUCGAAUAAGGGAACACCCAGUACACCAAAAAAAGAACGGAAGCAAACAAAGAAAGUCCAAUCGGAGAACAUCAAGAACAAGAAACGUUCAGAAAGCCCUGGUAAGAAUGAGAAGAAGGUAAAGGAUUCGAAGAAUAAGUUUCAACCAGUUUACAUGGACUUGGCGUACGUGCCCCAUCACGGAAAUUCGUACUAUACUUCCUUAGAAUUCUUCAAGAGAGUGCGGGCGAGAUAUUACGUCUUUAGUGGCACCGAGCCCAGUCGGGAGGUCUACGAUGCUUUGCUGGAAGCUAAAAAGACUUGGGAGGACAAAAAUCUCGAGGUAACCAUGAUUCCAACCUACGACACCGACACUUUAGGCUAUUGGGUCGCCGAUAAUGAGGAGGCACUCGCGGCAAACCACAUAGACCUGUCACCGUCCGCAUCCCGGUGCACUAUUAAUCUCCAAGAUCAUGAGACUAGUUGCAGCGCCUACAGGCUCGAGUUCUAGGGAUUAGCAGCCUGCUCAGCCGUAAUAGUCGAGUUCUGAGCGGCGUCCGGAAUGCAUUACCAUUCCGCAUUUUCGGACCCAUUUCUGCAGAAGAAAAAACCAAAAAAAGAAGAAAAAGAGUCGAGCACUCAGGCCGACCUACCGUCCCGUCAGGUGAUUCCUGAUCCCUCUUCUAGAAGACCCGAAGAAGAACAGCAUUUCGAAUUUUCGAGAUUCCCUCGCGGUCGUAGCUCCGCGGCCUAGAAGAAUCGUAGAAAUUCUGUCGAACGAUGUAGAGGCAGUCCCGAGGAAGCGAGACCUUUUGAUCGCGCUCAGGUCUUAAAUUGGGAUUGUUAAUCCCAAUUUAAUCUAAGUUAGGACGUUCUCCUUAUUCCUUCGUGAAGAGACGAUGCGGGCGACGAGAAAAACAGAAAAAGAGAGAGGAAAAAGAGAGAGAGAUCGCGAGGGUUUCUUCUCUUGCACGGGGAUACAAGGUAUAAAUUAUCUACUUUUAAGAAGUCGAUUGUUGAUAGGAAGAAUUCCAUUUUGAUUAAGAUUUAUUCUGCGCUAAGAACAGCGGCGCUCAUCGACGGAUGUUUAUAUUUCCACGUUUUGCACCGUUCGCAGCCCGUAGUGCGCUGAUACCGCCUGCAAUAUCUUAUCGAUCACUAUUCAAGUCGAGGGUGUUCUUGCGAAGAUUUUGCGCUGACGCUAAAGCAAAGAGGAACGAUGAUCGUAACGUUGCACGAGAGACGAUCGAUCGCGAAUCGACGAAGAUCCGUAAGCGCCGCGGUCUUGUGACAAUCUGUGCGCUAGUCAACCGAAAAAUAUAAAUUGAUUUUUUUUUAGGAUAUUCCAAUUUUUGAUUCACUGAACGCGGAUCGAAAAAUCGAUCUCCUUCGCCCGCAUCCUCUCCUCGUUCAGCAAAUCAAAGUAAAACUUUUAAUCUUUGACACAGCUGUCGCUUCAAAAGCACCGCGUAGUAUUUAGUGCAUCAGUUGAAAGAGAAAAAGAAAUAAUGAGAGAGAAGUAUCGCGAUUCAACUUACGUAGGGAGGAGGCAUACAUUUGAAAACGGGGUUUGAUGGAAUGCGCAUUUGAUGGACGCGCACAUGUCAAGGGAGACUCAUCAUUCGUGUCGUUGAUGAAUCGCGUAUGGUCCUUCAAUGGGACAUGUAAGGACAUGAGGCACGAGGAGAACGAUCCACGUUUCACCUACGGUAACAUUAUCCUUCGUUGUUACAAGACUAACGGUCCCCUUUCUCGUCGUAAAUGUCUAUUCAUGCAUAGGUAAAACGGAGCUAAAUUCCACCGAGAAGUACUAGGGUAGGAGUUAUCUGUGUGUCGUGUUUCUAUAUCGUAGAGAAUAGAGAUACGCUGAGGAAUGGUGGUCGCGGGCUUGACAGAUUCCGUCGCCGCGUGCAAACGACGCGGCCAAAGCCAGCCGAGGAGUCCGAUGAGGUUGUUGCCAGAAGAAAUACAUAAAGGAGAAUGCAGAGCGACGAUAACAUGUCUCAAAACGUCCAUCCAAGGGACGAACAGUCCGUCUCUUCGAUCGUUUCUUUAAGUUGCCUCCGAUCGUGGGAACCUUCGUUUUCCGAGGCUGCGUACUCCGAGGAGUAUAAACAGUACUUUAGAAAACAGCGAUCGUAGCAUCGAGAACCUUUUACACUCAUCGAUAUUAUGCGAGACUUGCGUGGUGGACGAUGACAUACACAGAGAAAUAAAAUCGUCCUGUUCAAGUGGCCACACAUCGCAUCGCUAUUCCGAUGAAGACGAGUGUCGGAUACGUCGAAAGCGAUAGUGAAAGGUACCAUAUAAUGAUCAAACUGUUGCGCCGUAUAAACAAUUUUACAGCAACUCGUCCAUCUCAUGGUCAAAGGUUAUAAAAAAUAUCUGAAGACCCCUAAAGACUCCUAGGAUAAAGGAGGAAUUAUCGGGUGAAGAAUAAUCUGUCCAAAGCAAUUCUUCAAAAGAAGAAUGAUUAUGACAGUAAAAACUCGAUUGACCAACGGUGUGAAAGAAGAGUUGUUGGACACUUAUACCAUGACGUAGUGUCAAAAGAAUGGUUCAAAAGAGAGAGAACACUAAAAGAAGCUUGAAUUGGAUCACCGCUGUAAGAAAUUACGUCAUUGUCCUCGUAAUGACAGAUCGAACAAAGUUCUAUCUGAUCAAGCGGCGUGAGAAGCGUUUAGCCGAUCGCUGUUUUCUCAAGUAUCGACAAUGUCCAAAGAAAACCGAUCGUUGAUCAUUGAAUAAAUAUCCGUUCCCAGAUAGAUUUCGUGGUUCGUCGCUGGCUUGAUCUUGAAAUCAGCUAGAGUGCAUUCGAGAGAGUUGAUUGAGAGAUCGAUGAAACUUUUUGUACUUAACUUUUUCUUAGCUAAGGUGUUUUAAACCAAAGCAUGACGAACUGACAAAGCGAUGGCGAUGUCUACAACGACGGACAACGAUCUGAUAACACGAAGAAGGAACGUGCCGAGGGAACAUCGCGCUUAUUCGAGACUUUACGUGGGACAUGAUUGUUUUCAGCAAUGACAAGUCUCCCAUUCAUUUUUAUCUUACGGCAGGAUGGUAACAGCGUUCCAUUCGUGAAAAGCUGUUUGUCGUGAUUUCCUGAUGCAGGGGUAUGCGUUUAUCAAAGGUUAUUCGUGAGAAAGUCGAUGGCGUGGUACGUUAAGUUCUGCUUAAACAGCACAAAGGUCUAAAAUAUAUGUACAAGAUGUACUACGUAAAGUACUUUCGGAAAACGAAGUCCUUUCGGACGUUUUUUACGAUUUCAGACAUUUAUGCUGUAUGAGGAUACUCCAUCUUGUCUAAGAGACCGAAAGAGAGAAUAUCUUGAUCCUUAACGUUCUUAUAAUUGUAUCUUAGAAACCCAUCUAGUGCCGAAUCCGCGUGCGUACCCCUAGAUCGUAAUUGUCGCAUGCCGACAACGUCAUGUCAAGUCGAUUGUCUUGAAUUAAUUAAAUUCUAAUCGAAAUCAAAACGUGUCGGUUUCGACUUGGUGCGUGUAUGACCGCAGCUGCGAUUUGAAGAUGUACUAAAACGCGUACAUAAAUGUUGAUCAUUACACGAAAUUACGGAAAAAAAAACGAGUUUUAGGCCAGAAGGGGAAUAUACGACAGGUAACAGAGAGACGAAGUGCGAUUAAGCGCAAUAUCGAACUGUAACUUAUAGAGGACACCUUUACUCACCAUUUUCGCGAGAUCCACAGACGGAAGUAAUAUUUUAACGAAAUUAAUAUUGCAAAGAUGGUGGACCUUUGUGUUUACCAUCGACAUUCUAUGAUUUUAUGACGAAGAUCAAGAGACUUUUAAGUAAAAAAAUGAGAACGCCUAAAAAAUCAGGACGUUUUUCGUACGUUGUAUUGAAGUAUGACACUAAUGACUACAAGCGGAUUUCGCCGAAAGUCGGAGAAAGCUUUCCUCUAUAUGAGACACAUUCGUGCCUACACGAGAAUGAUGGUGCUCGAUUAGACCGAUCAUUGAUGACGAUACUGAGAUACGGUGAUAUUGGGAGGAGGGGGGAAAGACGACGAUGAAAGCGAUUUGUCUUGUCGCUGCAAACGAGAAGCGAUAGAGUGGCCCUCGGGCCCGGUUUCUAUAGAUUAGUGCGUAAGUUUUUUACCGCCUGUAAGUUACACACAAUUUUCGGUUCCGAUCGCGAGACUUACUUUCCCACACGCAUACAUAUAUCGUAUAUCGCCCACGAGCUCAUUUGUCAUUCGUCUGAUUAUUUAUUGUUCAUUCUUCGUUUGCGUUCAUAAUUACUUUUUUUAUCACAUUCGCACUGAGGCGCGCUCAUUCGAGUUAAUUAGUCAAAGAAACGUGAGAUUAGUAAUAUCGUUUUACCUUUCGACAAAGAGUUUGUUUUGCAGAUCAGCGAAAGAGAGGACGAGUGUGCGAGGGACUUUUGUAAUAGGAAGUAACGUAAGAGAGAGAAAGUGUGGAGUGGCGUAAAUGACAUCGAGAAAAAAAAGAAAAACGAUAACGAUCAAUAUUGUUAUAAAUACGAUUAUUAUCAUACCAAUUACUUUUAACGACUAUUGUGCUUGUUAUCAUUGCGAUUAAUAUUAUUGUGCUACUACUAUUAUUAUUAUUGCGAUUACUAUUAAUAUUAUUGAUAUUACGUUCACAAGAGAGAAGGUCAUUAUCCUCAUCAUCAUCAUCGUUCUCUUUCUAUCACACAUAUACAUGAAUAGAGAAUUUUUAUAUUUAUCGAUACCUUCAUACGUAUGCUGGCGAGUUGACGUGCAAGAGAAAAGUAUUUAAGACAGAAGUAGAAGGAGAGGAAAAGGAAAGAAAGACAGAAAGAAAGAGAGGGAGAAGGAUGAUGACGAUGAAAUAUGUGUACCUAUGUAUUUACAUAUUAUUUAUUGACAAGUAAUAUAAUGACCAGUUAUCUAGGUAGGAUGUUAAAAUUAUGAAAUUCAAUUUAACGAAAACAAAAUAAAUUAAUAAACUAUUAAAAUGAGAAGCUAUUGUCGAUCGAUGAUGAUGCGCGCAGGAUAGAUUAAAUAAACGAUGAAUUUAUUGGAGUAAUUUAAAUAAAAAUUAUAAAAAUAACAAAAAAAAAA